UCAGUAGCUAGCUGUCUAUGGUAGCUAGCUAGCACUGUGCUAAAUUUGAUUUAAUUCAAUAGAAACGUGUUGUCAUAAACAUCGUUAAUUGCAACCAGUAGGUCCUACUAAGAAGAACAGGAAAUGUCUACCAGCUCAGGUGAGAUUUCAGCUGAGAAGACGCAGGAGGAUGUAUCAGCUUCAACAGCUGUGGAAAAGUCGCCUGAGGAUGACGAUGAACCAUAUGAUGAUGACAACUACUACUGUGAGAAAUGCCAGUGCUGCUUCUGGAGUCAGUGUGAAGUCCACGGUCCCCCAGUCUUCGCCCUGGACUUCCCCUGCUCGGUUGGGACCCCUCAGAGAGCUCUCCUCACUUUGCCUGCUGGCCUGGUCGUUGGGAGGUCACGGGUCAAGGAGAGCAGCCUGGGGAUUUUCAACCAGGGGCAGGUGGUGCCGGUCGGAAUGCAUUUCGGGCCAUACAGUGGUGAAACGACCUCUGAGGAGGAGGCUCUGAAGAGUGUCUACUCCUGGGUGAUUGUUAGGGGGAAAAAACACUACGAGUUCAUUGAUGCUACAAGAGACACUCACUCCAACUGGAUGAGGUAUGUGAUGUGUUCCCGUAGCAACCGCGAGCAGAACCUGGUUGCAUUCCAGCAGGGUGGUCGAGUGCUGUUCCGCUGUUGCGCCCCCAUCAGGCCAGGCGAGGAGCUGCUGGUGUGGUAUGCUGAGGAGUACGCCAGGGGCCUGGGGCUGACCUGGGAUCAGCUGUGGCACCACAAACGCUCAUCCACCUACACUAACACAGAUAAUGGUUCAUCUCUGACGCUGCCUUGCCCCUACUGCCAGUUUUCCUUCCCUGCCAAAUCCUACCUGCAAACGCACGUCAGGCGCUCGCAUGCAGAGCAGUACCAGAACUUUCUGGAGACCCAUCCUGUCGAGUCCGAGUUCGAAGAGGUGGACCCACGCCUGGACCUGGAUAUCUGCCUACUGGGCUCAGAUGUACCGCCUUCUUCCCAGAUGGAGCCAACCACAGGCACUGGCCAACAGGGAAGUGAAUCCCUGAUUGGACGAGCUCCCUGUCAGUCGGAAACAUCUGACCAAUCCCAACCAUCGAAUGGCCUGAGGUGCUGGAAAAGGAUGAGUGACUCUGAUUGGUCUAAAGACACGUCAUCGGCGUCAAUGUCCAUCAAUGACAAGGGCCACAGUUGCCCUCGCUGUGGGCGAACGUUUGCGAGGGCAUACCACCUCAAGCGCCACGUGAACUCCGUCCACGAUCCAGACAAACUCUACUGGUACAGGAAGAGGAAGUCCUCCAACCCCCGCAAGCACCUGCCGAACCCGGAAACAGAGACAGAGGAGGAGGACGACGAGGAAGAGGAGGCGGAGGAGAGAGCAGGGGCUGAUGGGGAUGAGGUGAGGGCGCCCAUGGAGGUCUACCCGUGUGCCCGCUGCUUCAUCGCCUUCAUGAGCCUGCAGAGUCUGCAGGAGCACAUGGAGCUGCAGCACGCACAGGGUCAGGGUCAAAGGUCAGACGCCACUGAGGAACCGGGCGAUCCGUCAGACCCACCGUACGAGCCUCCCGUUCGCAAACACAACACGAGGAGAGGCGCUGUCCAAGCGCCCGCCCAGAAGAGAGGGAGGGGGAGGCCACGCACCAGAACCCUCGGACCGACCCGACCGACCCAGCCCAAACAGAAGCGUCCGCAGAAGGUCCAGCAGGGCGAUGGCGACAGCGAGCCUCCACCUGGCGCCCAAACGUUCAUCUGCAGCCAGUGCGGAGAGGCGUGUGGCGACGGUGUCACUGCUACGUCUCAUGGCUGCCGCGCCCAGACGCCAGCGGCGCCGCCGCUGCCCCAGCAUGGCACGCAGCAUGGCACGGACACACAGCUGACGUGCGGCGAGUGCCAGGGCAUGUUUGCGGACGCGGCGUCGCUGCGGUCCCACGGCUGCGUGCAGGUCGGCGAGGGCCCCUACAGCUGCGCCCAGUGCAGCCUGCGGUUCAGCCAGCCGUCCAACUUGCGCCGCCACCAGCGCUCCGUCCACGCCAUGGUCAAGCCCUACUGCUGCGGCCCGUGCGGAAAGUUCUACACGCAGGCCAGUGGCCUCCGCCGUCACCAGGAGGGACGCCAGCACAAGGGACGACGGACGGCCUGUGCCAAAGCUAACGCUAAUGCUAACGCUAGCGCUAAUGCUAGCACCGCCGUCACGCCAAUCAUCACCACCGCCGCCACCAUCUACUCCUGCUCCUACUGCCAGUUCUCCUUCACCGCACAGCGCUACCUGCACAAGCACGUGAAGCGGCACCACCCGGCAGAGUUCAUCCAGGCGCAGGAAGGCAGUGAGGGGGAGGGCGGGGAGGUGGGCUACGGGUUGGGUGACGCGGAGGAGUUGGCGCGGAUAUCCCAGAGCUGCCCCCAGUGCGAGAAGACCUUCUUCAGCGUGAAGGGCUUCAAGUCACACCACUGUUUCCGCCGCGGCAAGCGCGCCUGCCCGUGCCACGUGUGCGGCAAGCGUUUCAGCAACGUCUACAGCCUGCGGCAGCACGAGCGGACGCACACGGGCGAGAGGCCCUACGCGUGCCCGCACUGCCCCAAGAGCUUCGCCGUCUACGGCCAGCUCAACGUGCACCUGCGCACGCACACCGGCGAGCGGCCCUACCUGUGUGCGCAGUGCGGCGAGGGCUUCCGCCAGUCCGGCGAUCUCAAGCGACACGAGCAGAAGCACCUGGGCGUGCGGCCGCACGCGUGCCCGCAGUGCCCCAAGAGCUUCAGCCGGCCGCAGAGCCUCCGCGCCCACCUGCAGAUCCACAGUGGCAUGCGGCUCUUCCACUGCACGCAGUGCAGCAAGGCCUUCACGCGCAAGUACCACCUCACCAGGCACCUCCACAAGAUGCACUCCUCCUGAGACGCACUGCAAGGCCUUCAUGCAUGGAGAACAAUUCACGCAACACCCUCCACAGGAUGCUGUCCUGAGAGGAAUGAGAGGGUGGCAGCAGAAAUUAUCUGUCUCAGAUAGAUAGUCUGAAUGGUGGCAGAAGUGAAGGUGAUUAUUCAUGACUAAUUGGCUUGAGAUGCUCUAAGAGUCGUCACCAUCUCACCAAACACCACCACACAAUGCUGUCCUUGAGAACAGGGUCAUUCAAAGUCGGACACACUGACACAGGACCGGGCCAGACUUUGACCUUGGGUUCAGUGGAGCCCAGCCUGAUGAGGGCAGGGGUCAUCUGCCGUGUAAAUGAUGAUUAUAUCAUCACAAAACAGAACUAUAUUAACAUGUAUAAAUAAUUAUAGCCUUAUAGUAAUGAUACCCCAUCACAAUGAUACAAUCAGUAAUGCAAUAACUGAAUGAGCAGAUUAUUGAAUGGCAACGUCUAUUAGUUAUCAAAGUUUUAAGCAUUAAGCAUAUGGGAUUGCAAUUUGCGCCAUCUUUUACCAAAAGUGUAUUUGCACUGUGUGAAUUUUUCUUUUUAAAAAGUGUUUCGGAUUUGGUUUCCUGCUGUGCGGGCCUGCUGGAAAAAAGAAGGCCAUCUGUGACAAUCAGUGUAGGACAGAGACUUUUUAUCUUCUAUCCUAGACGUCCUAUGUCUAUGAACACACAAGGAUUCAUAUAUGUCAUCGCCUGAACCUCACAUUACUAACAAGACUCAUGUCACUUGUUAACAGUAAUAGAUAAUAGUCAGUGUGUAUCAGACUGACUUAACAGUCAGAAAAUGUGUAUUACUGUACAUGUUUUCUCAUGCUUGCUGAAAGAUGCCCAGGUUUACUAUGACCUGUUCAGUUGUAUGUUUCCAGACACAAAUAGAAAUGAGCUUUCAGUAUCUUGUUAUAUGAAGCACAAACAUACAGUAAGUAGGAUUCACAGGAAUACAAAUUAACCUUCAGUCUAGUUGAGGACAAUUAAUUACAGUGAUGUUAAUUAAAAUGAUUGUCAAAUGUUUGUGUCUUUUCAUUCAAAACAUAACCUCCCAAAUAAUGCUCAUUUGUGGUUACUUGACCAGGGAGAUGUGGGUUUGGUUGUCCAGUGUGUUACAGUCCAGUCUAUAACACACUGGUUCAAUAAGUGACAGUCGCC